CGGCUGCGUGCCGCAGGGGCGCGCCCCGGCCCCGCGCGCGCACCCCCGGCCCUCGCGGGGCUCCGCGCCCCGCAGGCGGAGGCGCCCAGCGCGCGCCCUGCUGCCUCGCCGGAGAGGGGCGCCCCGUACGCCACCGCGGCGAUGAGCGACCGAGACGGCAUGGGCCCGCUGCGGCACCGCAUGUUCGUCUGCGGACUCCACAGGAACAUCCCGGAGGAGGAGGUCUUGGACGAGAUGAGCCGCUUUGGCAAGGUCUUGGACGUCAAGGUACGCAGCUCGGUGAAGGACACCUUCGCCUUCGUCCAGUUCGGGGACUCGCGCUCCAUCGAACGGGCGAUCGAGGAGCUCAACGACUCCCGCGGCUCGCCCCUCGGCGACACCGUGAGCGCGAACUUUGCCACCGCGGACAGCAAGAGGGGCGGCGGCUCGGACUGGGCCGACGGCCGCGGCGGCGGCGGGCGCUGGGGCGGCGGCGGGGACCGGCGCGAGGACGGCGACCGCGGCAGAGGCGGGGACUGGAGCCGCAGGGACUGGGACCGCGGCGACCGCCGCCAGGACGACUGGCCGCCGCGGCCGCCGCCGCCGGCGCGCUGGGAGCAGCGCCGCGGCCGCUCGCGGAGCUUGCCGCGGGAGUCGUGGGACAGCGGGCGCAUACGCCAGGACAGCUCCGUACCGCAGGGGCGCUACAAGAUCAGGGUGGAGAACCUUCCGGACGACAUGACCUGGAUCGAGCUGAAGGAGAUCAGCAGGGAGUUCGGGGGGAACUCCCUGACGUUCACGCGGACCUUCCGCGCCAGAGACGUCAACACUGGCAUCGUGGAGUUCUCGGACCGGCGGGACUCCGACAGGCUGAUGCGAGAACUCGACGGCCGCCGCAUGCAGGGCUCGGACGCCAGGCUAGCUGCGAGGCCCGAGGCCGGCUACGCCGACGGCCGGAGAUGA